UGUAUUAGCUGCAAUAUCUCGUUUAAGCGAAGUUUAAGGUACACGUCCCGUUAAAAAUGAAAAUCGAAGAAAGUAACACGAAAGUGGAGGAACGUCGGUGUCCAUUUUCUGGCGUGAAGAUAAGGAAUUACUUAUCUGGUAGAGAAAACAAAGAUAAACUUUACGAACGAUCGAAAGAUAUAGCGUGCCAAAAAAAUUGCUGUUACGGUUCGUUUAUGUCCGGCCUUUCUGGUAUACGUUCUCCUACCGAGAAGAGGAGUAAGCGGGAGGUUCUCGAAGAUGCUAAAGAAUUUUUUCAACAGUAUUUUGAAUCGAAAAAAAUUGAUAACGAAGCUCGCGAAUUAAGAAUUAUGAAUGUUAAAAACGCCAUCGAGAGUACUGGAACUUAUGAGUUGAGCGAAGAGGAAUUGCUGUUUGGUGCUAAAAUGGCUUGGAGGAAUGCUUCGCGUUGUAUUGGAAGGAUUCAAUGGAAUAAAUUAAUUUUGCAAGAUGCUAGACACGUUAGAUCUACUAAGGAGAUGUUCGAGAAACUAUGCGAACAUCUAGCGCUUGGAACUAAUGGUGGCAACAUCAGGUCAGUUAUAACAGUAUUUCCACAACGUCAAUUGGGUAGAGACGAUUACCGAUUGUGGAAUCCACAACUUUUAAGUUUUGCUGGAUACCUUCAGCCAGAUGGAAGCGUUAUAGGAGAUCCGGGACGUGUCAAAUUCACUCGAAUCUGUCAGAGGUUAGGAUGGAAGGGACGGGGAGGGAAGUAUGAUAUUUUACCAUGGGUGUUAUCGUCACCCGACGAAGGACCACAGGUUUAUGAUAUUCCAGAAGAAUUAGUAUUGAGAAUUCAUCUAGAGCAUCCGAAUUAUCCAUGGUUUAAAGAUUUGGGUUAUCAAUGGUACGCUGUUCCAGCAGUUGCUAACAUGAUGUUAGAUUGUGGUGGACUUAUGUUCACAGCUGCUCCAUUCAACGGAUGGUACAUGGGUACAGAAAUUGGUGCAAGAGAUUUAUGCGAUCCUCAGCGAUAUAAUAUUACAGAGGAAGUUGGAUCUAGACUCGGCAUUGACACGUCAAACACCAGCACCCUUUGGAAAGAUCGUGUAUUGUUGGAAGUAAAUUUAGCUGUUCUCUACAGUUUUCAGAAAAAUAAUGUAACUAUUGUUGAUCAUCAUACCGCUUCAGAAACUUUUAUCAAACAUUUCGAAUCUGAACAAAAGCAGAGGGGUGGUUGUCCAGCAGAUUGGGUUUGGAUAGUUCCACCCAUGAGUGGUAGUAUUACUUCAGUUUUUCAUCAAGAAAUGUUAUGUUACAGUCUUAAACCCAGUUACGAGUAUCAAGAAGAUGCUUGGCUUCAUUAUCAGUGGCCUAAGAAUAACAACGUUGCACCGAAGUAUAAAUUCGCAUCAAUAUCAAAAGUUAUAUUUUUCGCCGUUAUAAUGAAUAAAAUCACUAAAUCCAACAGAGAAGCCAUUACAAUUUUGUACGCAACCGAAACAGGAAAGUCUGAAACGUAUGCGAUGAGGCUGGAACAGAUAUUAUCUAAUACAUUUUUAGUUAGAAACUUUUGCAUGCAAGAUUAUGACUUGGAGCAAAUUGUUAACGAGUCCAUUCUGAUCGUUAUUAGCAGUACUUUUGGAAACGGAGAACCUCCAGAUAAUGGAAAAGAAUUUUGGAAAAAAAUUAAUCGAUGCGAAGAUCUUCGCUCCAGAGCAAAUAAUCAAUUAAAGUUUUCAGUAUUUGCUUUAGGAUCGACUCAAUAUCCAACAUUUUGUGCUUUUGGCAAGAAUAUAGAUUCGCUUCUGAGCAAAAUGGGUCAAAGAAUACUUCCCGUUGAAUUAGGGGAUGAACUUCGUGGACAAGAACAGACAUUCAACAAAUGGACAGAGAUUUUAUACAAGGCAAUAAUUAAUUUAUUAGGCUUGAAAUUUGAUGAAAGUCAAUACUUCUCCGUAGAAGAUUUCGCUGUAUGGAAACCGGAAAAUUAUAAAUUAAAUGUAGUUUCUAGUCAACCAAACACAAAUAUCUGUCAAGAACUUUCGCGCUUACACUCGAAACGUGUCCUUCCAUAUAAAUUAUUAUCUUGUGCGAAAUUGCAAGCGAGACAUUCCAGUCGACAGACAGUUUUAGUUCGUUUCUUACCAUCUUCAAACGAUUAUCUCGACUAUUUUCCUGGUGAUCAUAUCGGUGUCUUCGCAUCGAAUUCGCCGAAACUCGUCAACGAUAUCAUUAACAAAAUCAACACUACGAGAAUAAAUCCUGAUGCCAUCUUAGAUAUUCAAUGUUUUUCUGGUGGUAAAUGGUCGAAAGCGUCACGACUUCCUCCUUGCUCCCUAAGAACAGCCAUGACAAAAUUUUUAGACUUGACUACACCUCCUACCGCUAAUUUAUUAUUGUUAAUGUCAAGUUUAGCUACAGAAAAAUGGGAUGUUUAUAGAUUAAAGAAACUUGCUACGGAUAUAGACGAGUACGAAGAAUGGAAAUCUGCCCAAUAUCCUAACUUAGCCGAUUUUCUCGAAGAAUUUAAUUCAGUUAAAUUAACUCCCGAGUUUAUUUUAACUCAAUUACCGUUGCUUCAACCUCGAUACUAUAGCGUUAGUAGUUCUACGUUGUCUCAUCCUUACGAAAUUUUGUUAACUGUUGCCGUUCUAAAUUUCAGAUCUCACGAUGGAAAGGGCAAGUUGCACCACGGACUGUGUUCCAAUUAUCUGAACAGUUAUCCGAAAGACGAUAUACCAAUUUUUGUUCGAAGUGCUCCCGGCUUUCAUCUACCCGCGGAUGUAUCGUUACCAAUUAUCAUGAUAGGAGCAGGAAGUGGAAUAGCACCAUUUAAAAGCUUUUGGAUGCACAAGGAAAUGGAGAUGAAACAAAUGAAAAUCGGUAAAUUAUUUCUAUUUUUUGGAUGUAGACAACGUAACUUGGAUCUGGUAUACGAACACGAAACGUCACCACUCGUUAGGAAAGGCGUUCUAAGCCACGUCUUUAACGUAUUCUCGAGAGAACCAAACCAGAAAAAGAAAUACGUUCAAGAUGCAGUUAAAGACGAAGCUAAACUGGUAUACGAAAUGAUACAGCAGAAUGGUCACAUAUAUGUUUGUGGCGAUGCUGCAAUGAGCGAAGGUGUCAGAAAAGCUGUGAAAUACGUACUCGUUUAUCAAGGAAAUUACUCAAAAGAAGAAGCCGAGAACUAUUUUAUUCAAUUACAGAACGAUGGACGUUAUCACGAAGACGUGUUUGGAGUAAGUUACAGAGGAUCUUCAAGUUUGUGAAGAGACCUCUCCAAAAACCCAUACCUCAUACGAAACUCAAUUAUACCCUAUAUUUAACCUAAUUACUUUUUACAGCUUAAGUAUUUUAUUAAUGUUCGCUUAUCUACUUAUAAAAAUGUAUAUAAUAUUAAAAAUAAAUAUAUUUAAAA